AUGGGUUCUUUUAUGUCAAAACGUGCAAGAACGAGACAACCUUCUCCAUUCCCCUCAAGCUCACAGUCAUGGAGUCAUCAGAGCUAUCCAUAUCCAGCAUAUCCUCAACCUGCACAUGACUAUGCGCCACAACCUAUAUACGAACCCCCGCCUCCUUCUUCAAGCUAUGGUGGUUACCCUCCUCAUCCAAAGAGGAAGCUUGAAAGGAAAUUCUCAAAAAUAAAUGAUGAUUAUACUAGCCUGGAACAGAUUCUAAUCUCAAAGAUAGAAUAUUUUUCUCAGGUUACAGAUGCCUUGGCACGUGCUGGCCUGGAGUCUUCAAACCUGAUUGUUGCUUCUGUAAUAGGUAAAAGGUCAUUCAACCGGAGAAGCCUGCAUCACAUCGGAGAUGGUCAAAAUCCCUAUGAACAGGCAAUAUCAAUAAUUGGGAAAACACUGUCAUCCUUUGAUGAAGACAACCUAAUUCCAUGUUUUGGAUUUGGAGAUGCCUCAACUCAUGAUCAAGAAGUUUUUAGUUUCUUUCCUGAUGAGAAAUUUUGUAACGGAUUUGAAGAGGUUUUGACACGUUAUAGAGAAUUGGUACCUCAACUACGACUUGCAGGCCCAACCUCAUUUGCUCCCAUUAUUGAAAUGGCCAUUACAAUAGUCGAACAAAGUGGUGGCCAAUACCAUGUGCUAGUAAUAAUUGCUGAUGGGCAGGUGACAAGAAGUGUCGAUACCGAACGUGGCCAGCUAAGCCCACAGGAGAAAAGUACUGUCGAAGCAAUAGUGAAAGCAAGUGAAUAUCCCCUGUCAAUUAUACUAGUUGGGGUUGGUGAUGGACCAUGGGACAUGAUGAAAGAAUUUGAUGAUAACAUUCCUGCCCGAGCCUUUGAUAAUUUUCAGUUUGUCAAUUUCACAGAAAUAAUGUCAAAGACUAUGGACAAAUCCAGAAAAGAAGCAGAGUUUGCUCUUGCAGCCUUGAUGGAAAUACCUACCCAGUAUAGAGCAACACUGGAGCUAAAUAUUUUGGGUUCUCGAAGGGGAAAAGCGAUAGAUCGGGUAUCUCUCCCUCCUCCUCAAUAUGGUGUGGCUUCUUUAGGCACCUCGAAAGCUUCACGAUCAAGCAGUUUUGGACCAAGUGCACCACCUUCUGCUAGACACGAUACGUUUGCUGGCACAACUGCUUCAAGUUCUACGUCUGAUAAUCAUGAUUGUCCUAUUUGCCUGACUAAUCGAAAGGAUAUGGCUUUCAAUUGUGGUCAUCAGACCUGCUGCGAGUGUGGACUAGAUCUGGACACAUGCCCCAUUUGUCGUGGUUUCAUCGAGACCAGAAUAAAGCUCUACUAAAGGAAGAUCCACUUCUUUUAUCAAGGCAGAUCCUAUAAUGGACAUCUCAUAAGACCAAAAGUAAUGCAAUCCCCAUUUGUCCACUGUACAUACCUCGUGGACUUGUCUCGUUCGUGUUUUGAAGGACUCGAAGGAAGUUCCAGGUAGCUUGAGAACGGCUAUAGGAUUCAGUCGGGCAUUCUUGCUUUAACAGAGAAGAUAGAGUCAUCACUCACUUUGACGGAUGAAUAACCCUUUUCUAGUCUCCUUGUUCUGUUUCUGGUAUGAACAUGAAUAUGGUUGAAUUUGUUCCAUGUUCAGUCGUCUUUUUAAUCGGGUAAUCAUUUGGCAUCA